UCACUGCCAUUGUGGUUUACGCUAUCCUGGCUGGAACAGCGAAGAACUAGCGCUCUCUCAAGGAAUUUCAAAGGGACCUUGUUGCGCUGGGAUCGCUGCUCGGCGUCGGAGGGAAGCAGACAGGCAGAUUAUCAGUUUCACUUGCCCACAGCUCGAGGGCUAGUGCAGGUCGGUCCGGAAGAGGAGCGCUCGCUUGGUUUGGAGCAGCCCAGCCCAGCCCAGGAGGAGGGACGGAGGGACGGACAAUGCUGACGCAGACGCGGCUGAAGGAGCCGGAGCGGCGGGCGAGAGCAGACGACAGAGACGCCGAGAUGCCGGUGACAGAGAAGGACCUGGCGGACGAUGCGCCGUGGAAGCGGAUCCAACAGAACACCUUCACCCGCUGGUGCAACGAGCACCUGAAAUGUGUCAACAAGCGCAUCGGCAACUUGCAGAGCGACCUGGCGGACGGGCUGCGGCUGAUCGCGCUGCUCGAGGUGUUGAGCCAGAAGCGAAUGUACCGCAAAUAUCACCAGCGGCCCACCUUCCGCCAGAUGCAACUGGAGAACGUGUCUGUUGCCCUCGAGUUCCUGGACCGGGAGAACAUCAGGCUGGUGUCUAUCGACAGCAAGGCGAUUGUGGACGGAAACCUGAAGCUCAUCCUGGGACUAAUAUGGACGCUGAUCCUUCACUACUCCAUCUCCAUGCCAGUCUGGGACGACGAGGGAGCUGAAGAUGCCAAGAAGCAGACGCCCAAGCAGCGUCUGCUGGGCUGGAUUCAGAACAAGCUGCCCGACUUGCCCAUCACCAACUUCAGCAAAGACUGGAAAGAUGGAAAGGCUCUGGGUGCCUUGGUCGACAGCUGUGCUCCAGGUUUGUGCCCAGACUGGGAAAUUUGGGACACGGCCAAACCAGUGGACAACGCACGUGAGGCGAUGCAGCAGGCUGACGACUGGCUGGGAGUGCCCCAGGUGAUCACUCCAGAAGAGAUCAUACACAAGAACGUGGAUGAGCAGUCGGUGAUGACCUACCUGUCACAGUUCCCCAAGGCCAAGCUGAAGCCUGGAGCCCCAUUGAAGCCCAAGCUCAACCCCAAGAAGGCAAGGGCCUACGGUCCAGGAAUCGAAGCGGUGGGCAACGUGGUGAUGCGCCCGGCCAUGUUCACGGUGGAGACCAUCAGCGCUGGGCAAGGCGAGGUGAUGGUCUUCGUGGACGACCCCGAGGGGCAACGAGAGGAGGCCAAGGUGACCAACAACAAUGACAAGAACAAGACCUACUCUGUGGUUUAUGUGGCCAAGGUCGCUGGUCCUCACAAGAUCACCGUCCUGUUUGCCGGGCAGCACAUCUCCAAGAGUCCGUUCGAAGUCCACAUUGAAAAGGCUCACGGUGACGCCAGCAAGGUGACGGCACGAGGCCCCGGCCUGGAAUCUUCCGGAAACUUCGCCAACAAGCCCACCUACUUCGACAUUUACACCGCAGGUGCUGGUGUUGGCAUUGUCGAGGUGGUGAUUGUGGAUUCACUGGGACAGAACACUCAGGUGACGAUCGAGGACAAGGGCAACAACACGUAUCGGUGCAGCUACAAGCCCGUGCAGCCCGGACACCACACCAUCAGGAUUAUGUUUGCCGAUUCACCCAUCCCCAAGAGCCCGUACACCAUCAACAUCGGUGAUGCUUGCAAUCCCGGUGCGUGUCGGGCCUCAGGGCGAGGACUGCAACCCAAGGGACUGCGGAUUCACCAGGUGGCCGAAUUCAGAGUCCACACCAAAGGCGCUGGAAGUGGGGAGCUCAAAGUGGUGUUGAAGGGGCCAAAAGGUGUGGAGCAUCCUGUGAAACAAAUGGACGUACUGGAUGGCGAUGAUGUCUUUGCGUACGAGUACUUCCCCGUGGCGGCCGGGAAACACGUGGUCACCAUAACCUGGGGCGGCCACAACAUCCCUCGGAGUCCGUUUGAAAUUCAGAUUGGACCCGAGGCGGGGCCGCAGAAGAUCAGGGCAUGGGGGCCGGGCCUUGAUGGAGGGAUCGUGGGCAAGUCAGCGGACUUUGUGGUAGAGACCAUCGGGACAGAAGUUGGCGUGUUAGGUUUUGCGGUGGAGGGCCCCUCGCAGGCCAAGAUAGAAUGUGACGACAAGAGUGACGGGUCAUGCGAUGUCCGCUACUGGCCCAAGGAACCGGGCGAGUAUGCCGUACACGUCAUGUGUGACGACGAGGACAUCGUGGACAGUCCGUUCAUGGCCAACAUCUUGCCCGCAACCACCGCCUUCGACCCGGACAAGGUUAAAGCCUAUGGUCCAGGCUUGGAGAAAACUGGCUGCAUUGUCCACCAGCCGACAGAGUUCACCAUCGAUGCCAAAGAUGCCGGGAAAGCUGCACUGAAAAUAUACGCGCAAGAUGCUGAAGGUGUUCCUAUCAACGUCCAGGUGAAGAAUAAAGGCGACGGGACAUCUCACUGUGCGUACACUCCGACUAAAGCGGUCAAACACACCGUUGCGAUCGCCUGGGGUGGAGUCAACGUUCCCAGCAGCCCGUUUAGAGUUGGCAUCGGGCAAGGGAGCCAUCCUCAGAAGGUGAGAGUUCUUGGUCCAGGCGUGGAAAGAACUGGCCUGAAAGCGAAUGAACCGACUCACUUUACGGUCGACUGUUCUGAAGCUGGCGAAGGUGACGUUAGCGUCGGUAUAAAGUGCGACGCGCGUGUGCUCAGCGACACGGAAGAGGACAUUGAGUUUGACAUCAUCACCAACCCCAACGACACGUUCACCGUGAAGUACACGCCCCCGGCAGCAGGCCGUUACACCAUCAAAGUGCUCUUCGCUGGCCAGGAGAUCCCCAUCGGCUCGUUCCGAAUUAAAGUGGACCCGUCUCAUGAUGCCAACAAGGUUAAAGCUGAAGGCCCAGGACUCCAUAAAACUGGGGUGGAGCUUGGGAAGCCGACCCACUUCACCGUGUACACCAAGGGUGCGGGCAAGGCCCCAGUCGCCGCUCGAUUCACCGGAACCGCAAAGGGCGACGCCGUCGACAACUUCGAAAUCAUCGACAACUACGACUACUCCCACACGGUCAAAUAUACGCCGCUACAACAGGGUAAAAUGGGAAUCACCGUGACCUAUGGUGGCGAUCCAAUUCCAAGGAGCCCCUUCAACAUAGAUGUAGCUUACCCACUGGACAUGAGCAAAGUGUUGAUCGAUGGCCUCGAAAAUAGGGUGGAGGUCGGCAAAGACCAGCAGUUCACCAUUAACACCAAAGGGGCAGGCGGGCAGGGCAAAGUGGACGUGAAGAUGUCCAGCCCGUCCCGCAAGCCGGUGACGUGCGUGGUGGAGCCGGCUGCCAGCAAGGAGGUGAGCGUGGCCAGGUACAUCCCCAAGGAGGAGGGCGUCUACACCGUGGAGGUGAUGUACGACGGGAAUCCCACGGCGGGCAGCCCGUUCACCGUGGAUGCAACUCUUCCCCCGGACCCAUCCAAGGUGAAAGCCCAUGGUCCAGGACUGAAAGGUGGUCUAGUGGGCAAACCUGCCGAGUUCCUCAUCGACACCAAGGGAGCUGGCACGGGUGGGCUGGGUCUCACCGUGGAUGGUCCCUGCGAAGCCAAGAUCGAGUGCUCCGAUAACGGCGAUGGGACCUGUUCGGUCUCCUACCUGCCGAACGAGGCGGGAGAGUAUCUGGUCAACAUCCUGUUUGAAGAGGUCAACAUCCCAGGUUCCCCCUUCAAGGCGGACAUCACCUUGCCCUUUGACCCCUCCAAGGUGACCACCUCUGGCCCGGGCCUGGAACGGGGCAAAGUGGGGGAAGCGGGGCUGGUCAACGUGGACUGCUCCAAGGCCGGUCCCGGGGAGUUGACCUUGGAGAUGGUGUCGGACGCUGGGGUCCCGGCAGAGACCCACCUUCAGGACAAUGGCGACGGCACCCAUACAGCCAGCUGCAUCCCCAGCCAACACGGACCGCACACCAUCACGCUGAAAUACGGAGGGAGGAACGUUCCCAAGUUCCCAGCUCAGGUGAAGGUAGAUCCGGCCGUCGACAUUAGCGGUGUCAAGGUGUACGGACCUGGCGUGGAGAAACAAGGAGUCUUCUGUGAUGCCACGACAGACUUCACGGUCGAUGCCGGUUCACUCACCAAGGUGGGGGGCAACCACAUCAAGGCAGCUAUCACUAAUCCUUCUGGAGCCCGCACCGAUUGCCUCAUUAAGGAUACCGGCGAUGGGAAGUACGAGGUGGAGUACACUCCGUUUGAGAAAGGGAUGCACUCCAUCGAUGUGACCUACGAUGAUGCACCGGUCGUGAACAGCCCCUUCAUCGUGGGGGUGACGGAAGGAUGUGACCCAUCGCGGGUCUCUGCCGUUGGACCCGGCCUUCAGGAAGGCCUGACUAAUAAACCCAAUAAAUUCUCCGUAAUAACCAGAGGUGCAGGUAUUGGUGGUCUUGGGAUAACUGUGGAAGGAACCUCAGAAGCAAAGAUGUCUUGUAAGGACAACAAGGAUGGCAGCUGCAGCGUGGAGUACAUCCCCUACACACCUGGUGAUUACGACCUGAAUAUCACCUAUGGCGGACAGCACAUUCCAGGUAGCCCGUUCAAGGUGCCCGUGAAGGAUGUGGUGAACCCCAGCAAGGUGCAGUGUACUGGGCCGGGGUUGAGUUCCGGGGUCCGAGCCCGAGUGCCCCAACAUUUCACCGUGGACUGUAGCAAGGCCGGCGUGGCCCUACUCGAAGUCACCGUGCAGGGACCCAGAGUUUAUGAGGCCCAGGCCCAACCACGAAGCAGUCCCCUGAAACUGAUUGCAGACUUCUUUAAAGGAGAAACCAAGGCCGGGGUUUCUGAGACAGGGAUAAUUGAGCCCGUGGGUGUGGUCGACAACGGAGAUGGCACCCACUCCGUGAGCUACACGCCUUCGCUGGAAGGGCCGUAUUCCGUCUCUGUCCGGUACGAUGGAGAGGACAUCACUCGCAGUCCGUUCCGCGUGAGAGUUCUGCCAACUCACGAUGCCAGCAAAGUGCGAGCCAGUGGGCCGGGCCUCAACUCGGCGGGUGUACAAGCCAGCCUGCCGGUGGAGUUCACCAUCGAUGCCAAGGAUGCCGGGGAAGGCCUUCUCUCCGUCCACGUUACUGAUCAGGAAGGCAAACCGAAGAAGGCGAACAUCCACAACAACAAUGACGGCACCUACCGGGUGUCUUACAUUCCGGACAAGACCGGCCGCUACACCAUCGUCAUCAAGUACGGCGGGGACGAGAUCCCCGCGUCUCCGUACCGAAUCCGCGCCGCGCCGGCGGGCGAUGCCAGCAAGUGCACUAUGUCAGGUUCCGGCCUGGGGCCAAGCGUCCAGUUGGGAGAAGAGCUGGGAAUGAAGGUGGAUGCGAAGGCGGCAGGGAAAGGCAAGGUGACCUGUACAAUCUGUGCCCCCGACGGCACGGAGGUGGAAGCGGACGUGAUUGAAAAUGACGAUGGGACGUACAACAUCUACUACACGGCCCCCGAGGCCGGGACCUACGUUGUGUAUGUCCGCUUUGGAGGCGUGGAUGUCGCCAACAGCCCAUUCCAUGUUGUGGCCACAGAUGAAGUUCCGAUCAUUCCACAGCAGUUGGUGCAGCAGCAGCAAGCAUCUCUAAACGCUUACCCACCUGGCUUCCAACCCUGGGUCCAUGACGGAGCGUUCGUGGCAACUGAUGAGAUGGAUCGUCUGGGCUUGAGACCGUUUGAUAUCGUCAUUCCCUUUGCUCUGAGAACUGGGGAGAUUACAGGUGAAGUCCGAAUGCCGUCGAACAAGACCGCUAAGCCGGAGAUAGUGGAUAAUCACGAUGGCACGGUAACAGUAAAGUACGCCCCGACAGAAGCUGGUCUUCACGAGAUGCACAUCAAGUACAACGGCAACCACAUCCCAGAGAGUCCACUGCAGUUCUACGUCAACUACGGAGGCACGGGCCACGUGUCGGCCUUCGGGCCAGGCCUGGUCUACGGGGUGGCCAAUAAGCUGGCCACCUUCACCAUCGUGACGGAGGAUGCCGGAGAGGGUGGUCUUGACUUGGCCAUUGAGGGUCCAUCAAAGGCAGAAAUCAGCUGCAUUGACAACAAGGAUGGGACAUGUACCGUCUCGUACCUGCCCGCCCUGCCCGGAGACUACAGUAUCCUGGUCAAAUAUAACGAGAAGCACAUCGCUGGCAGUCCUUUCACCGCCAAAAUCACAGAUGACAACCGGCGACGGUCUCAGGUCAAGGUGGGCUCGGCGGCAGACAUCUCCCUGGACAUCAACGAGAGUGACCUCAGCCUGCUCACCGCCAGCAUCAAAUCUCCCUGCGGACAAGAUGAGCCGUGCUUGCUGAAACGACUGCCCAACAACCACAUUGGUAUCUCCUUCAUCCCACGGGAAGUGGGGAAACACCUGGUGAGCAUCAAGAAGCACGGCAAGCACGUGGCCAACAGCCCGAUCACCAUCAUGGUCGGCCAGUCUGAGAUCGGAGAUGCCAGCCGGGUGCGUGUCUCCGGAGACGGCCUGAAAGCUGGGCGGACCUGUGAAAUGUCCGACUUCAUUGUGGACACAAGGGAUGCAGGUUACGGUGGCCUUGCGUUGUCCAUUGAAGGGCCGAGUAAGGUGGAUAUUAACACUGAGGAGACGGUAGAAGGGACAUGUAAGGUGCUGUAUUGUCCAGCUGAACCUGGCACCUACAUCAUCUACAUCAAGUUUGCCGAGCACCAUGUACCUGGGAGUCCAUUCACGGUGAAGGUGACGGGGGAAGGCCGGGUGAGAGAGAGCAUCACUCGUAAACGUCGCGCUGCCUCGGAGGCGACGGUCGGCAGCAUCUGUGACUUGAACCUGAAGAUCCCAGAGAUCGAUGUGCACGAUAUGUCCGCGCAAGUGACCAGUCCCUCGGGCAAGAUUGACGAGGCGGAGAUCGCCGAGGGAGACAACCACACCUACUGCGUGCGUUUCGUCCCGUGCGAGAUGGGGGUCCACACCGUCAGCGUCAAGUACCGUGGCCGGCACGUGCCCGGCAGCCCCUUCCAGUUCACCGUGGGGCCGCUCGGUGAAGGAGGAGCCCUGAAGGUGCGGGCGGGAGGUCCGGGACUGGAGCAAGGAGUCGUCGGAGUCCCAGGUGAGUUCCUCUUGUCCGCGGCUCGUAACGUCGUUGGUGAUGAGAGCAAAGAGCUCAGCGGGUCGGGCAGCGUCUCUGGAGAAAAAGGAAUAGGUUGGAGUCUGUUUUUUCCAGGUGAUUAUGAAGUGUCCAUCAAGUUCAACGAUGAAUACAUUCCCGACAGUCCCUUCAUUGUCCCGGUCGCUGCCUCUCCAGAGGAUGCAAGCAGACUUACUGUUUCUAGUCUUCAGGAGUCAGGAUUGAAGGUGAAUCAGCCCGUGUCUUUCGCUGUGCGGCUAAACGGUGCGAAGGGUUUGCUGGACGCCAAGGUCCACUCCCCGUCCGGGGCAGUGGAGGACACGCACGUCUCACAGAUAGAGCCAGACAAGUAUGCCAUUCGAUUCCUCCCACGUGAGAAUGGGCUUCAUUCCAUCGACGUCAAAUUCAACGGCCAGCACAUCACUGGAAGUCCGUUUAAGGUUCGCGUUGGUGAGCCGGGACAGGCGGGUGACCCGGGCCUGGUCACGGCAUACGGCUCCGGCCUUGAGAAGGGAACUACUGGCGUCCAGUCUGAAUUCAUAAUUAAAACAGCCACCGCGACCCCAGGGGCGUUGACGGUGGCCAUUGAUGGACCGUCCAAGGUGAAAAUGGACUGCCAGGAUUUCCCGGAGGGAUACAAGGUGUUGUACACACCCAUGGCACCAGGCGACUACCUCAUCGGCAUCAAAUACGGAGGCCCCUACCACAUUGCUGGCAGCCCUUACAAGGCCAAAGUUACAGGUCCGCGGCUGGUCAGCGGGGGAGGCCCGCAUGAAAGCUCCACCAUCAUGUUGGAAUCGGUCACCAAGUCGACGACUCUCAGCUCCUACAGUGCUCUGCCCACCUUCUCCUCAGACAGCAGCAAGGUGGUGUCGAGUGGAGCCGGGCUCAGCACGGCCAUCGUGGGCCAGAAGAGCUGCUUCUCUGUGGACUGUGGCCGAGCAGGCUCCAAUAUCCUACUGGUCGGGGUGCAUGGGCCGACUAUUCCAUGCGAGGAGGUAUCGGUGAAGCAUGUUGGCAAUGAGCAGUACAACGUGGCAUACCUGGUGAAGGAUAAGGGGAGCUACACACUGGUGGUCAAAUGGGGCGAGGACCACAUUCCGGGCAGCCCGUUCCACAUCACCGUCCCGUAGACCCCAUCCCCGUCAACCCCAGCCCCCUUCCGACGGAGAGCUCCAACUCCUCCCCGCCAGUGUUUCAAAGGACAUUGCAAUUUCAUGUCCAUCUCAAGCACUGUCGGCCCGGCUCUGUCAAAGGUGGUGGCUAGAUUGUCAUUGUUAUAUGUAGAGAAACUGAAGAUUGUAUGGAUUUAUAUAUAAAUAUGAACUUAACGGAUUCGAUUGUCAAAACUGGAUGAUCUUAAUGAGACCUCUGCCUUGCUGUAGUUAGGUUGAAGUUGUAGUUGCUUGGACUGUGUGGAUUUAAACACUAUCGGGUAGAUUGAGGGAGUUUCAAUUCCGAAUGGCUUAUUGCUUGCAGAUCUCGCUUCUAGCAUUGUGUACUGAGACUGGGGUUGAGGGCUGCUCCUCUGGGUGGGUGGGAGGUGCGGAGGCCUUUGGGAAGAGAGGGACCAUUAGUUUUUUCAGGAAUGUGCAAAACUGCUUCCAAGAUUUGAGUGUGUCUGUUUAACCAGUCGAGCCCUGAGCACGGGCUUCAUACAUUCCUGCCAAAGCCUCCGUGUAUAAAUGCAAAGAUUAAAUUAUUCACAGCUCAGGACACGGCUGCUGCUGUGUUCCAUUCACCUCUGUUUUGUCCACAGCAUGUUUUAUGCAUGCGCUGUCCAGCAGGGCUGCCUGCAACAAGGUCACAGAGAAGGUAGCGGAUGUGAACAUACACGCAUGCACACACUCACGCAAGCACCCACACACACACAUGCACACACACACACACACACACACAG